GUAACAUUUCCUAUAUUUAAUAUUUCGAGAGUGUUAUUCACAGAAUUAAAUCGCUUGAAUAAAUUUUUUUUUUCAUUUUACUAAUAGAAGUAUAUAAGUUUGAGUUUUAUUUUAGAAAAUGUCCAUUGCGAUUUCAGAAAAUUCGGAUUUUUUGAAAGUGCACGUACAGCGUUUCGCGAAGCAACAAAAUCUGUCGAAUACAAAAUUUGAAUACUCUACGGCUACUAAGGAUGGAGAUAAUUACUUAGGAAUACUUAUCAGGGUUGAAAUUGAGGGAAUGAAAAAUGGUGGCAUUGAAAAGUUCAACUUAAUUUUCAAGCGCGCUCCGAGGGAUACAAAAUUGAGAGAAGUGUUUGGAGUAAGGCAUCUUUAUAUUCACGAAAUUAAGUUUUAUGAAGAAAAGCUACCAAUUUUUGUUAGCAUGCUUAGUGAGCAUAAUCUAAGUAUAAAUGAUAUACCAAGAUAUUAUGGCGGAUCUGCAGUGCCUGAGAAUGAGGUUUUAAUCUUGGAGGAUUUGAAAUGUUAUGGGGCAUCCAUGAACAAAUCAGUAAUACUGGAUUAUUCUCAUGCAUCACUGGCCAUUCAACAUUUGGGCAGAUUUCACGCAUACAGUUUCGCCCUGCGAGAUCAAAAACCUGCUGUUUUUGAAAAUCUAAAGCUUAUAAAGGAACCAUUUUAUAACAACUCUCGCACGUUUUUAGAAGCUUAUGACAUUCUGUGUGAUGUCGCAAUCAAGGCAAUCGAAAGUGAAGGCCCGAAAUAUAUAGACCGACUUCGUGAAUUUAAAAAGGGUAUACCUAAGUUACUUGAUUUUGUAAUUAAUGGAAGAAAUGCUGAACCUUACGCAGUUUUGAAUCAUGGGGAUUAUUGGUCCAAUAAUAUCUUAUUCAGCUACAAUGAUGAUGAACAACCAGAGAAUCUCUUUUUUCUGGAUUUUCAAGGUCACCGAUACGCCUCGCCUGCUUUAGAUAUUUCCUACAUGUUAUUUAAUUGCUGCACUCCAGAGAUGAGAAUAAAGCAUUAUGAUGAAUUGUUAUAUCAGUACCAUAAUUCUUUAGCUCAGUGUUUGAACGAACUUGGCUCAGAUGUCGAAAAGCUUUUCCCCUUUGAAAUGUUACUGCAGCAGUUAAAACAUUUUGCAAUCUAUGGGGGUAUCACCGGAAUGCUGUUUCUUCAUCUGUUCACAAGGCAAGAGGGGGAAUCUCCAAAGCUUCCUUUUGAUAUUGAAUAUAUAAAGACCUUGACAAAAAAAUUAAGAAAAAAUUGUUUAUACGCUAGUAUGAUGAGAGGUACCUUUAAAGAUAUGGUAGAUAAAAACUAUAUUUCAUAAUUAAUUUAAAUAUGUUAUACCUUUACAUAGAAAGCUACCUAUGUAAAUAUAAUUAGGAAAAGAGCUUCAUGUUUUUAAAAUAGAACCUUGUAUUUUUUUAAAAUGAAAUUAAUUA